AUGACGCCGUCCUUUACGUUUGUCAACGUCAGCAAUGCGCCUGGUCUCGGGCCGAAAGAGGCCAGGCCGAUGAGAGGCCAUAUUACGAAAGUCAACUUUGCCAAGCGCAGACAAAGACUGUCAAAGGAGAAAAAUAACGGGGAACCGGCCAAAUCACUUCAAGGCUUUGCCUUGUCAAAGGCGGACGCGCAAGACUUGUGGCUCGAGCAACAGGUGAUGGGAAGUGUCUUUACUCUUGACCCAGCAUGCGACAGGCUACUCUCUCAUGUGCCCGAUCCCAUAUCCUCACCCAUUGACUACUUGAUCUGUGAGUUCCGUCCAAUGAUCUUUCCCGCCGGUACCGGCGCUCCCGGUUCAUCCAGAGAAGCAAGUUGGAUCGGCCUCCUCCAGUCUGAGCCAGCGCUAGUUGACGCUUCUGUCGCGAUUGCCUUGAGGCACAGCCCGAGGCUUCAGAACCCGAAAGGCUUGCGUGAUGCCUCUAUAUGUAAAGGCAGGGCUAUCAAGUUGAUCAACGAGAGACUAAAUACGCCGCUGGGACUGACAGAUGGAGUGCUCAGCGCAGUCUUUACCCUAACAUAUGCAGAGCUUCUAGAGAGUGAUGGCGAAGCCCGAAAAGUUCAUAUUCGUGGCCUGGCUCAGAUGAUCAAUAUUCGACGAUCAUCUGCCCUUCGUAACGAGGAUGACCCCAACAAGACGGACUUUACGACGCUUCGUGAUGAACUCAACAUACUUCGCCAUUCAAUCGACAAAUACCACGCAUCGCCCAGUCCAAAAAGACACGAUGCGGCGAUAAUUCGCUCAGAGGUCAAGCGCCUACAACUUGAAAUAGACACUCUGAUGGGCAGCCAGGAGAACUUCGUCCGGUCGCUACAUGACAGCUUACAGUUAUUCCUCCUGCUCCUCUGGCCAACUGAGAAAGCCAGCCGUCUAGAGUUUCUAGCUGGAGAGCUGAAGUUUGCUCUUCUCCAACCCCAUAUGAGGCUUUGUUCUUCCAUGCACCUACUCGUGUGGCAGCUGUUUGUUGGUGCCACAGCUGCAAGACCUUCGAGCGAGGUUCGGUCGUGGUAUAUUACCAGGCUACGAGAGGUGUUGACAUCUCUCAGUGUGGGGGGACAGGCUACUGCGAUGGAGACCCUGACUGAGUCUUUUGCACCUGAUAAAUAUUUAUUGGAAAAGUUCAAAGCUGUUUGGAGAGAGCUAUCCUGCUGCUAG